CCCUUGGGACCACUGAUCCCCAGACAACAGCUGGGUGCCAGCUCAGGGCCAUGGCCCAGCACUCCCUUGCCUGGAGGCAGGUGCUUCAUCAGCAGCUGUGGUUUAGGAAAGUUUUGCUAAGGAGAAGCUUUGGUGUCUUGAGCUCAUUUCUAGCCAUGAGGCCAUGGAAAUGCCAUAGGAACCUCCUAAAUUACUCUGUCAUGUGGGAUUUGGAGUGCUUUGCCAUUUACAAACUCUGCUUUUAAGCAUAAACAUGACAGCUUUUCAUUAAAUCCAUUAUUAACUCUCUUCCCCUCAGACCAUGUCCUCCUCCAUCAAAAUCGAAUCUGUCGUGAAGGAGAAGAACCGGAUGGGAGAGUGCCCGGUCUGGGAAGAAAGGGAGAACGCACUUGUCUAUGUAGACAUUAACUCACAGAAAGUUUGCCGCUGGAGCCCAAUCACCAAUGAGGUGCAGAGCGUGUCUGUGGAUGCCCGUGUUGGCUCGGUGGCACUGCGGCAGUGUGGGGGCUACGUUAUUGCCCUGGGAACCAGGUUUGCCUUUCUGGACUGGGACACCCAGGCAGUCACCACCAUCCUUGAGCUCGAGCAGGAUAAACCCAACAACAGGUUCAAUGAUGGGAAAGUGGAUCCAAAGGGGAGGUUUUUUGCUGGUACGAUGGCUGAAGAGACAGCACCAGGCGUCCGAGCGAGGCGGCAGGGGGCUCUCUAUACCCUUUUCCCUGACCAUUCCGUAAUAAAACAGUUAGACCAGCUGGACAUCUCCAAUGGUCUGGAUUGGUCCCUGGACCACAGGACCUUCUUUCACAUUGACAGCCUGACAUACGCUGUCCAUGCCUUCAGCUAUGAUGUGCACACUGGAAAGAUUGCCUGCCCCAAACUUUUGUACCAUCUGGAAAAGGAGGAGCAAAUGCCUGAUGGGAUGUGCAUAGAUGCAGAAGGGAAGCUCUGGGUGGCCUGUAUUGAUGGCGGCAGAGUCAUUCGUAUAGACCCAGAGACCGGAAAAAGAAUUCAAACUGUGAGGCUGCCUACUCCAAGGAUCACCUCUUGCUGCUUUGGUGGAAAAGACUACUCAGAAAUGUACGUGACUUCUGCAUACGAUGGACUGGACGAGGCCACCUUAGCUAAGGAACCUCAUGCAGGAGAGAUUUUCAAGAUAACAGGCCUGGGUGUGAAAGGGAUCCCACAGAAUUUCUAUGCUGCUUGACCACCGACACUAAAUAGCAAAGACGAAAUGCUUGCAUCUUAUAGUAACUCUGACCAGGAGAAGUCAAAUGAACUACAGAAUUUAUCUGUGUGAGGAUUUGUAAGCCCACAUUUGGGAGUGUGCUUGUUUGGAAUUGAAGAUAUUUCUUCUUCUGUGGGCCCAUGGCUUGAUGCAAUAGGUUAGAGAGGUAAAGUUAAUCUGUGUUACAGCUUGAUAGCUUUUGUGACUUACCAUAAACCUCUUAAUGCAGAAGCGCAGUUUUGUUGAACUUUCUGACGACUAGCUCUGGAUUUUCAAGUCUAUGCAGUUCCGAAGCGGAAUCUGACUCCUCAUUUUACAGUGAUGUACCAGCAAUGAUAUGGCAGAUUUUAAUAAACAUUUUAAGAGUGGUGACUUGAA